AUGCGUCUAUUGACAGCUGCAUUGCGUAUUGCUCCUCAAACGAUAUCUUCAGCGAGAAUACGAGGUGUAUCUACUAGCUCGACGAUCCAAGCUGCUGCAGCUACAUCUUCACCCUCUCGAUAUAUACGGAAGACUGCCAUCCCAUCGAGAUCCACUGCUUCAUCCUCUACAGCAGCAUCAAAGGGCACACCAAGGUCUUUCAAACCCACUUCUACACCAUCUCCUGCACCUUCACCUGCACCAGUGGUAGAUGAGGUAGAUGAUUUCCCCGAUGAUUUCCCAUUACCUACAAAUGAAUCACCCAUAGAAGAUUAUGCUCACCUGUUCUCCCCUUCUUCUUCUACAUCUACAUCAUCCUCCUCUUCAAGAGCUCCAGCAAGAUCUCCUGGGAAUACACCUACGGCUUCACCACCUCUGACGAACCUACCAGGAGAAGGAUAUUCUCCACUUCCCACCGCCAGUGGAACUGUUGUUCAAGGAGACGGGGGAAUUCAAGGUGAAGCGUCAAUAGGAUCAGGAACAGAUUGGUCAUCUUCUUUCGCGGGUUUGAGCGAACGUCCUUUCCCUAAAGAAGUAGCAGAUGAACUAUUAAAAGAAUUGAAACCUCAAGAUGUGGAGAUCAAACCCGAUGGACUAUUAUAUCUGCCUGAAAUCAAAUAUCGUAGAACUUUAAAUGCAGCGUUCGGUCCAGGUGGAUGGGGUUUAGCUCCCAGAGGAGAAACAAAUGUUGGACCUCGAAUCGUCAGUAGAGAAUGGGGAUUAGUAUGUCUAGGAAGACUCGUUUCGAUAGCAAGAGGUGAACAGGAAUAUUUCGAUCCUUCUGGGAUUCCAACUGCUACUGAAGCUUGUAAGAGUAAUGCCCUCAUGAGAUGUUGUAAGGAUUUAGGUAUAGCAAGUGAACUAUGGGAUCCAACCUUCAUAAGAAAUUUCAAAGUGCAACACUGUAAAGAAGUCUUUGUAGAACAUGCUACUAAGAGAACAAAGAAAAAGCUGUGGAGAAAGAAAGACGCUCCCAAAUUCGAUUACCCAUGGAAAGAAGGGGUCUAA